CGUCCCGCUCACCAUUCAUUGCGCUCGGGCCUCCACCACCACGCUCUUCGGCGUUGUCGCCAUAAAUUCUGGAUCAGCCCUUAUCAUCAGUGAAGACGAGCUCGGCCGCCGGCGUGAACGCGAGGUGACCACCGCUGCACGGCUCUUUCCUCUCGCUCCCAGCCGCCAUGGCGAAUUUAUUUAUGGCUCACGGCUGCUAGCUCGCCAAGACGCCAACAAACCCCGUCUUCCACGGCGCUAGCUGCUCUAGCCUGACGAUGGCGCUGCUGAGGGGAUGCCUCUGCAGAUCCGAGGAAGACUUCAGAGGGCUUCUCAACUUGGAGAAUCUCCGGUUGUUCUCGUACAAGGAGAUCAGAGCAGCAACGAACAACUUCGACCGGAGUAACAAGCUAGGACGAGGUGGCUUUGGAACUGUGUACAAGGGAGUAUGGGGAGAUGGCACCGCAUUUGCUGCAAAGGUUUUGUGUUCUGAAUCCGAGCAGGGGAUCAAGGAAUUCCUAGCUGAAAUCGAGAGCAUUUCUGAAGCCAAGCACGCGAACCUCGUCAGGCUGCUGGGCUGCUGCAUCCAGAGGAAAAACAGGAUCCUCGUCUACGAAUACCUCGAGAACAACAGCCUUGAUCAUGCGUUGCAGUUGCAGGUCUUAGGUUCAGCGAACGGAGCGACGAGGCUGACCUGGAGCACGAGGGCGGACAUCUGCGUGGGCACUGCCAAGGGGCUGAGCUAUCUGCACGAGGAGCACGAGCCGAACAUCGUGCACAGAGACAUCAAGGCCAGCAACGUUCUUCUCGACAGAGACUACAGGCCGAAAAUCGGAGAUUUUGGGCUGGCAAAGUUGUUUCCGGACAAUGCUACUCACAUCAGCACGGGCGUGGUCGGAACGUGUGGGUAUUUGGCGCCUGAGUAUUUUGUGCAUGGGCAGCUGACCAAGAAGGCCGACGUCUACAGCUUCGGCGUGCUUGUUCUUGAGAUCAUCAGCGGGAGGAGGAUCUCGCAGACUAUCCACUCAGACAUGUUCCUGGUGCGAGAGGUCGGUCAGCGCUCGUCUCUGCUCACGCGACUUGUUUGCAAUAAACCUCUCGCAUUUUCACUGGCGGCUGCAGGCAUGGGUGCUGUACCAGCAGGGCAGCCUGCUGGACAUGGUGGACGCGCGCAUGGAGGACUACCAGGAGGAGGAGGUGCUGCGGUACCUCAGGGUGGGGCUGGCCUGCACGCAGGCGGCGCCCAGCAGCCGCCCCACGAUGGGCCAGGUGGUGGCCCUCCUGUCGCGGCCCGUGUGCUCUGCCUCGUUCACGUGCAGCGAGGUCGCUCCGCGGUAGGCAGCUUGGUGGCGGUCGAAGCAGGUCCAAGUUGAACGCCCGAGGUCGGCCUCGGCAAUGUACCUGUACAUAGCAGUUGCACGUACGGGAGGCGGCGUUUGUGCUUGCCUCGACCCUCGAUGUAGAUUACAGGCGCGGUGCGCUCAGGGUAGCCGUCAUACCAGGGGCCAGGGGAAUUGUGAUCCAACUCGAGAAAUCGGGUGGAGAAUAUUGCAAAAGUAUAACAUUCAUCCCUCGAUGUAGAUUACAAACUGGAGUGAUGCGGCGAGAUAAAUCAAAAGAAAAAGUGUAUUUUUCAUCCCUGAAAUAUUGCAAAAGUAUAACA